GGAGGAUAUAUGCUUGGAAUCAAAGCUCACCAACAGUUGCAUACAUCUGCCUUGGUGGAGCUCAUCCCCACUGUGGUCUUGUGGCAGUGGCAGAUAACUCUGCCUUGCCUAUUGCUGUGUCCCCAUCCUUUGCCAAAGGUUUGAAACUGGGAUAGUUCAAGUUGGGUACUAGCCCCUUGAGGAGAUAGAGCAACAAUUUUUUUCAUGGGAAUCAGAAGAUGAUUAUGGCUGGUCACUAGCUGGGCAAAGAAGAAAAACACGUGGCCACAGGAGUUCACUGCUACAGGCCCCUUGUUUUAAAUAUACAUUCAUUGACCUGUCCAUAAAGGAAUCGGGAAGAAGAGAUGGACACUGAUGUGGCUGGGCAGGGAACUACUAAAGUCCGUCUCUCUACAUCCCUCUCAAAGGGUGAAAAAGAAGCUACUGAUAUUAGAAAGGAAAAGAUAAAGGAGGCCCUUGCUGCGCAUAAGAUUCCAUAUGAUUCGGACACAGUCCCCAAUAUUGCUGUCUUGGGAUCAGGAGGAGGUUUGCGGGCCAUGCUUGCCCUUUGUGGGACACUGGUGGAGUUGCAGGAACAAAAUCUCUUAGAUUGUAUUAUGUACCUGAGUGGUGUUUCGGGUUCUGCCUGGUGUAUGUCAUCCUUCUACAAAACUGAGAACUGGGCAGAAAGAUUAAAGGAGAUGGAAAAACAUCAGUGUGAAACCCUGACCCAAAGCGAGUUUGAUUUUGAGGCAGCAGCAAAAGCUGUGCUGGAUGCUGCAAGUGAUGAGAAUUACUCUCUGACUGAUUUCUGGGCUUAUUUUAUUGUGCACAAAAUGGUAAAGCAGUUGGAUGAGACCACAUUGUCUGAACAAAGGAGAUCUUCUGAGAGUGGGAAAAAUCCUUAUCCUGUUUAUGCAGCUGUGAACAGUGACACAUUCGAGGAAGACCUUGCAGGCACCUGGUUUGAAUUUACCCCACAUGAAGUUGGAGUUCCUGGUCUAGGAGCAUAUGUAGACCUCAGAUACUUUGGGAGUGUUUUUGAAAAUCGUCAACUUAAAGAAGAGAAACCACAGAAAAACAUGUGCUAUCUGCAGGGUUUAUGGGGAAGCGCCCUUGGCAGUGAGAGAGAAAUUUAUGAGUCUAUAAAAGAUUCCUUAGGUUUAUUUCCAAACCAGGACAGAUCAAGAACUGGAGAUGAAGAAACUUGGGAUUUUCAGGUUGUUAGCACAUUCUAUCAAGCCUAUCAGUGUGUCGUGGAACUACAUUUGCGUGUAGUAGAUGGCAAAGAAGUGGAUGCACUUUUUGACAAGCUGGAAAAACUCCUGAACACCCCCAAGACCACCAAAAGCUAUGAAAUGGUCCGAAAGAUGCGUAAGACCUGGCCUUCUUCAGAUGCAACGAAAAGAAAGAAUGACUGUAUCGGACUGGGCAAAGCUUUGGAAUCAGAUUUUGGAGUGGAAAAGAUGCUGGGCAAGCCCUUGAAAGUCAUUAAAGAGAAAGUAGUGGACAAGAUUGUGGAGAAACCUAUGGAAGUAAUUAAAGAUAACAGAGUUGUGGACACGGUUGUGAACAAACCUAUGGAAACAAUUAAAGAUAAACUACUGAAAAAACCAAUGGAAGUAAUGAAAGAUAAAGUAGUGGACAAACCAAUGGAAGUAAUAAAAGGUAAAACAGUGGACAAGGUUGCAGACAAACCAAAGGAAGCAAUUAAAAAUGGCAGCCAAGCAGCCUCUUCUGGAAACAAAGAAGCUGAUCAACUGAACCCAAGGGGAAAACCUCCAUCGGAACAGCCAACAGAAGCGGCCAACGUUGGCUACCGCGUCCUACGUUUUGUCAACGUGGUGAGAAAGACUUAUUCCUGCCUUUUGACAUGGACAUGGGGGACCAUCAACAACUUCCUGUAUAAAUGCUCUGAUGUUAAUGCUCCUGCCUUGACAGAGGAGCCGGUCCUCAGUCUGAUUGAUGCUGGUUUGGCCAUAAACACUGCUUACCCACUUAUUUUGCACCCCGAGAGGAAUGUCAAGCUGAUCCUCUCUUUUGACUUCAGCUCUGGGGAUCCUUUUGAGACCCUCAAAAAAACCGUUGACUACUGUAAAACACAGAAAAUCCCAUUUCCCAGGAUCGAUGAAAAAGAGCUGAAUGACACAGAGAAUCCAAGAGACUGCUACAUCUUCAGAGGUGACAAUGGCCUAACUGUCAUGCAUUUCCCACUAUUCAACAAAGUCAACUGCCCAGGAAAAAUUAAGGAAUACAGUGACCAAUUUUCCACCUUCAAGAGGAACUACACCCGUGAAGAAACCGAAAAGCUCAUCGUUGCAGCCAAGAAAAAUGUCAUCAACGUACGGCAAAAGAUUUUGGAGGAGAUCAAGCGUACUAUGGGUUCACAAUAUGCUUAAGCAAAUAGCCUCCAAUUUAACCAUUGCUUAAAGGCUGGUUUGUACAAUAUGGUGGCCAGGGGGGCGGGGUCGAUUGGCUUUCUUUUGUGUUAUUUUUUAAACCAGAGCAUACUGCCAAUCAUCAUCUGUGUGGUUCAGUGUUCAGCAUGCAUUGGACAAUCAUAGUCAAAAGGAAGUUUAAUAAUCAAAGAGCUUGGAAAACAAUAUGUCACUGUAAACACUGGAAAUUGUUGCAGGCCAUAUCUUUGACCAUCCGGUUUAUGAAUUCUCACAUGGACACUCCUAUGCCAUGCUAUAUGUAAAAUACACACAAUGGAGCACAGUGUCACUUGGCCCUCAGUUCCACUCCAUUUCAUUGACUUCAUACACUGUAGUUUUAGUCAGAUAAACCAUCUGUCUUUUUCAAUAUAUACUGUCAAAAUGUUGCUUGCAUGUCUUGCUGGGCUUCACAGCAGCUUUUCCAAAGCCCUCCAGUGAGAGGAAAAA